AACCAAAUAACUAUACAAUUAGCUGUAUAAUGGUACAGAGUGAAUGCUAAUAUCAUGAAGCUGUUGUCAGCUCACAUCUUUUGUUUUUUUUUUCUGCCUAAAUGAGACUGGGGGGAAGGGGAGGGGGCAGAGAAGGAGGAAGUUCUUUUUAAACUUUCGAGAGCGGUUCUUUCAGAAUGUUUCAAGAGGGAAGAGGAGGUUAAACAGUGAAAGCUGACUGUUCAUUCAGAAACCAAAAAAGAGAAAGACUUGAAGCUAAAUCUGAUGAAUUAGUACUGAAGAUUACAACUCUAGAGACAACUGUUAUCCAAAUCUCAAGCAUUGAGACUGUCAAAAACAACAAAUCCUUGAACAGUUGACUUGAUUGACGGCUGGAAGUUGGACCUUUCUUGAAAUGACAUCAGGAGAAGAGACAGGGUUGGCCAUGAGUUUGGUCAAUGAAGUGACCUGUCAAUUGUGCUCCUCCCUCUAUGUGGACCCAGUCAGACUUGAUUGUGAACACAACUACUGCCGGCAGUGCAUCAUAGAUUACUGGAAGAAAGGAGAGAGGAGGGAGCUAGGAGAGAUGGAAGAAAAGAACAAUAGCGGAUUCACCUGCCCUUUAUGUUGUGAAAUUUUUCCCCAGUUUACCUUGAAAAGUAACAAGCUCCUUGCCACCAUUGUGGAUAGAAUGCGUGGCUUGGGAAUGCACCACCACAAGGUUCCACUAGAGGGACCCAGAAAGUGCCCUUCCUCAAAGAGUGCAUUGGUCAGGAGGGGUGAAAAGGAGGGAGGAAGAGGAUUGUGUUCUGUCCACUGGGAACCCUUGAAGAUGUACUGUGAGGAAGAGCGGAUAGGGAUUUGUGUGGUGUGUGCUGUCUCCAAAGACCACCGCACCCACAGACUGGCGCCCAUAGAGGAGGUUUUGACGCAGUGUCAGGAGAAUUUCCAAAUGGUUGUGAGACAUUUUGAGAGCCAGAAGGACGAAAUUAAGAAACUUUACCAGAAGAGUGAGGAAGAAAUCCAAGAAAUCAAGAGCCAGUCUGUUUCCCUCCAAGCCCAUCUCAUCCAGGAGACUGAUCACCUGCUGCACUGCAUCCAGAGGGAACGGGAGAGGCUGUGCUCCAUGCUACAGAGAGACACAGAGAGACUGCUGGCCCUUAGGCAGAAAGCCUUGGCUCAUCUCUCACAGGAAACUGACACCCUGACACAGGAAGUUACCUCACUCAGUGCUAGAUUUCAGGAAGAAGGGCAUGAUCCUGCAGCACUGAUCAAUGAUGUUCAAGAAGUGACAGUGAGAAUACAAGCACAGUUUGGAGUGCUGGAUGGUGAGGUCAAAGAUUGGUUUGACCUGGGAAUCUAUAAAGGGCCCAUUCAAUACUUUCUGUGGAAGAAAUUAGAAGAAGUGAUUCAACCAGGUCUCUGUACUUUGACCCUUGACCCAGCCACUGCCAAUCCAUUCCUGUCUCUCUCCAAUGACCUCACAACUGCCCGCUACAGCCACACCCCCAAGGAAGGGUUGUCCAUGGGAGAGGCCCGUUUUGAGUUCAGCCCAUGCGUACUGGCCAAACAUGGCUUUUCCUCAGGCCGUCACUACUGGGAGGUAGAGGUGGGAGACCAACCGGACUGGGAUGUGGGUGUGGCCAGUGAAACAGCAGAGCGGGAUGGCUGGGUGGUUCUGUCCCCUGAAAAUGGGUACUGGACUGUGGGCAACAAGGGGGUGAGGAGGGUCGGUGUGUACCUAGAUUAUGAGGCAGGCCAAUUGUCCUUUUACAACACAGAAGACAUGAGUUCACUGUUCUCCUUCUUGGGGGAAAAUUUCAAAGACACCUUGUAUCCAUUCUUUUAUCCCAGUGCAGAUUCCAGUGCCCAGCCUCUCAAGCUGCUAAAUCCAAGAACUUAAUGGUGGGUGUAAACCAUUGCACAUUGAUGUUUGAACAAACAGACACCCCAAAUACAUAAAUGGAGUUCAAUUUCACCUUGCAGCAAAACUGACACAUCAAUAUCUUGAGCAUUUUUCAUUUCAGUGUGUAAGGCUCCCAGCAUGCAAUACAUGUCUUAUUUGCUUUGAUGCAUUCAACAGUUAUCUCCAGAAAGUAUGUUACAUUGUGCAUUACUGUACACUGCAAAAUCUUUCAGUGACAGAAGCUUGCAUGCCUUCCUACAGAAUUUUGUUUCCUGUAAAAUAUGUAAUGUUACUGUUCAUUCCAUAUUUUAUUUACACCUCUGUUUAUUUAGAUCACAUUUGAGUCUAUUGUUUUGUUUACUGAGCUAGCUUAUUCAUUCCAUGAUGCUGGUAUAAUAUGCAAUCUUACGCUGAAAAUUUAUGCAACUACAAUAAAGACUAUAUUUUAUAUAGUGCAAUAUUUUAGAUUGCAAUAAUGAAAUAAAAUAUCAUGGAUAUUAGUUGAUGGGUCAGAAUUUGUUUUGUUUUCACUGAAAAUAUUUUUUUGUGUAUAGCUUAUAUUUUUAAAUGCAUUACUGUGAAUACAGUGCACAUAAUGAAAAUCUAUGUAUUUAAAUAAAAGCUUGGUGUUUAUUCAA